CUGCCGACUUGUCUAACACUUGCUAGCCCCCACCUACCCCCGGGAAACGGAAGUUGUCUGUUCCACAUGUACACAGAAAUACACAGAUGCAGAAAUACACAACAGUUGAGUGAGCUGUGAAAGUCAGUGAACGGUGUGAAGAAAGUGUCGGGAGCUGAUUCGGGAGAAUGACCAGAGUUAGGAGCAAGUCUAAGGUAUUGACUUUGUGUGCCGAUGGACUUUAAGUGACAGUUUAAGGCAGGACCCACAGACUACAGUGGAGAUGGCGGCUCAUAGUGUGAGCUUCGACAUAGACGACGACUUAACGGAGGCAGGACUAGAAAGCCCUGCAGAUGAGGAUUUGGUUCAUGACUCCUUCUCUAAGCUUAUUGAGGAACAGAGUCAAGAUCUAAAUAGCCAUGAAGAGGCAAUAGAGCUGUACCCUCUAAAGGAAGAGACUGAAGAUGAUUUUUCAUCCUUUCCUGCUGAUGAGGACCAUGGCAGGAUGGCUGAUCCAUCGGUGGACGAACGCUGGUCUUCAGCUACUCUCAGAGUUCUGUCCUCCAUGCCCAGCCGCACCAUUGGACGCAACAGAGGAGCGAUCAUCUCUCAAUAUUAUACCCGAACCAUGCAAUUGUGCAGACACAGACAGAGUCGACCCUCCAUCCGAUCUUUCUCUCGCUCUGCCCGACCCAGCAUCUGCGGCUACCGUGUUGAAAGCAAUGCUGAGAUCUUCGACAUGGAAGAGACUAAGAGGGGGCGGCUGGUGAAUAACUUGCAGAACCUGUCUGUGGGUGAUCGAGUGCGCAUGCUGAAAGCCAUUCCGUUAAACUUGGAAGAGAAGAGAGAACUCCGACGUUUGACUAUGCAUAGCGUUCUCUUCCCCGAAAACGCUCCCUGCUGCAAUCACCUCAAAGAUCAGAUUUUCAUUGCUCUGAGACAGAGCUGGUACAGCUGGCUGUCCUUUCUCUCCUCACUGCAGUUGUGGCAGAUGGCUCUGAAGACAGUGAGUGGACGCUUUGGGACAGGGGUCCUCUCCUACUUCGUCUUCCUCAGGAAGUUGUUCUUCUUUAACAUUUUCCUCUUCCUGGUGACUGGGUUCUUCCUGGUGGUCCCCCAAGCUGUGUGGGCUCCAUCACCCUCAACCCCGAGGUCCAGCAAUUUCGGCCUCGAGGUGCUCACUGGGACGGGUUAUUUUAAGGACUCCUUGAUGUACUACGGCUACUAUAGUAACUACACUUUUCUAAAGAACUGCAGUCCUGCAGAAAAAGAGAGUUCCUGUGGCACCCAUAUAUCCUAUAACAUGCCUUUUGCCUAUUUCCUCACCAUCGGAGUGGCAUUCUUUAUCACCUGCAUCAUCCUCGUGUACAGCAUGUCAAAGUCUUUUGGACAGAGUUUCCGGAUCGACCGUUCCAAAGGUCUGCUUGCAAUAAAAGUCUUCUGUUCUUGGGAUUUUAAAGUCAGUAAGAUAUCCUCUGUUAGACUGCAAUCUGAAAACAUCGCCACUCAGCUCAGAGAGUUGUUGGCAGAGGUGAACCGCAAGAAAGUGAAGUCUUCGUUCUGGACACGCAUCACAGUUCUGUCCAUCCAGUUGCUGGCCUGGGUAAUAUGCAUUGGGAUCACUGUAGUGUGUUCCAUAGGCGUGUUCUUCUUCUCGAAGCAUGUGCACCAGCAAUACACAAACACUACCGGUAUUGAAAGAAAUGAAAUGCUCGCUCUCCCUGUGGUGGUGUCCUCCAUUAAUUUGCUCCUGCCCGGCUUCUUCAAUGUUGUGGCCUGGAUGGAAGAAUAUGAGUCGCCGAGCACAAGCAACUACGUUGCCAUUUUCAGGAAUUUAAUGCUGAAAGUGAGCAUGCUUGGAGUCUUGUGUCAUCAUUGGCUAGGACGGGUUGCAUCUAACCAAAAUAAAUCACAGUGCUGGGAGAGUUUUGUGGGACAAGAACUUUAUAGAUUCCUGCUAAUGGACUUCAUCUUCACAUUGCUCGAUACCUUCUUUGGGGAAUUUCUCUGGAGAUUGUUUUCACAGAAGGUUCUGAAGAGGGAAAGAAAGCCGGUGUUUGAUAUUGCACGGAAUGUUCUGGAGCUCAUAUAUGGACAAACGUUAGCUUGGUUGGGAGUGUUGUUUACGCCCCUCCUGCCUGCAGUGCAAGUUAUCAAACUGCUCUUGCUUUUUUAUAUGAAAAAGACAAGUCUAAUGAUGAAUUGUCAGGCUCCCAGAAAGCCAUGGAGGGCGAGUCAGAUGACAACGUUCUUCAUCACCCUUCUCUGCUUCCCCUCCUUCCUAGGCGCGUCAGUCUGCGUCACCUAUACCAUGUGGACGAUAGAGCCGUCCAAAAACUGUGGGCCGUUCCGGGGCCUCAAGACCAUGUUUCAGGCAGGAAAAAAUUGGGUAGAUGCACUGGCCCAUGAUAAGCCUCAUCUGAAAUGGCUCCCAUGGAUUCAUACGUAUGUGGUGGAGAAUCCGUUCUUCCUGUUUCUCGCUGCUGGAAUCUUCCUCAUAAUAAUCUACUUCCAUAGCCAAGUGGUGGAUGGACAGAGAAAGAUUAUUGAGCUGCUACAGGAACAGAUUGAAAAUGAGGGAGAAGACAAGAAGUUUCUCAUCACUAGAUUACAAGACAUCCAUGAGCAGAAACGGCCGCAGUCCAAACGUCGCAGCAGGACAACCAGAGAGGAGUCCAGUUUCACAUGACUUCCCCCAAGUCCACUGCUUCUCAGUGUAAAAAAUGUGAUGUUGCAACUGGAGCCCUCUGCUGUCCUGGGGAUGUGGUACAGGCUAAUGGAAGUAACACAGCUAGUUCUCCACUGCCAUUGCUGCAGCUUGGGAUCAGCGGUCACACUAAUGAUGGACUUAAACUUUUAUCAGACUGCAAAGAUGCAUUUUUAUUGCUCCUCAAAUGAAUUUUUUUUAUAUGUGUAUAUAUAUAAAUAUAUGUAUAUACUUUCAAGCUGUGUAAUCCUGCAGAAAAUUGCACAUUAUAUACAAAUGCUUUCUAGUACAUUUCUAGUAAAACUACUGCAAAAAAGAGAGCCACGGUUGAAAAAUGUUGUUGUUGAAAACAAAAGGCAACACUUGGAGAAAGUAUUUAAUAUUAUAACCAAGUCUGUAAAAAAUAUUUAUGUAAUGGUGAUCUUUAUUCUAAAAGGUGAAUUUAAUAUGGAUAUAAAAAUAUAGAGGUUAUUACAAAAUCUCAUUACAAAGCACAGGGUUGCUCACGCACCUCCACACACAGGAAAAGAUCCACUGAACAAAGGGAUAUUUCUGUUUUUCAGUCUUUUUUUUAACAUUUUUUUUGUAUUGUUUCAUUUUAAAUAAACAAAAGAAUAUAUAAAGUCUA